GAACCGGAUAAGCCAUGAUCAAUAACCUUCUAACGCGCGUUUCCUAAUCAAGCACGUUAGUUGACAGUACAUGACGGCUUCAACACAAAAGCCUUCUUUCGAGUGGCCUGUUUUCGUGUUUCCUGAGACGCUCAACUUCGAAGAACAAAACCCAAAGUUGGUCGUUACACUCUAUAACACUUACGACUUUCCCGUGGUGUUUACAGUUUCCUGCAGUGCUGCUCGGAAGUACGCAGUUGUCGACGUGAAAGGAAACAUCCGUCCUCGAUCAUGCGUUGACAUAGUUGUUCGGCACAAAGAAGUGUGCAAACAGAAUUUGGGCAAACGUGACAAAUUUAGGAUCGACCUAUUUCAACAAUACGAGAAUGGCAUGCAAAAGAUUGGGAGCAGAGACAUUAUCUCACAACUGGUGGCAAGUGCUCCCGAGCCAGAACAACCCGUUGCACAGCUGCCCGCUACACUUCAGAUUCCUCAAAGACAAACAUCCCUGUCACCAACGAGGACGUCUCACGACCUACCCAAUCUGUUGGUGUUACUGAUCGGUAUGGUGUGUGUCAUCGUUGUGUGUUGGCCCGAGGACAACAAUUCAGUAGGACGGUUUCUCACCAUCACAACUAGUCACAAACUGGUUGCUUCAUAUAUUCUUGGACUUGUAACAUUCAUUGUUUUUCGUUGAUUGUUAAGAGUAGAGCAGAGUCGGGAGUUUUAGCUAGUUGUUAUAUAAGAGAAGGAGAGAGAGAUAUAUGUUUAUGGAAAGAGAGAAUAGAAAGAGCAGCUGGUGACUGCUUUUAUUUUGAGAAAUAAAUGUUUAAUGCUUCGAU